ACAGACACAGAGAGGGGAGAAUCAGAGAGAGGAAAAGCAGAGAGAGAGAGAGAGAAAGAGAGAAAGAGAGAUAGAAAGAAUACUGAAAAAGAGUGUGUGAGAGAUCAGCAAAUAGGAGGCAGCCUCUCUGGCAGUUGCAUUCUGACCACGGACAGCUGGCGUGUCUCCGCUGAAGAAAAGGAGUUUUCAGUGCCCCGGCAAAGAGGCGCUUUGCUCCAGGAAAAAAAAACAAAAAAAGUCCUCCUUCAGGGGAAGAUGGAUUCAGACUCUGGAGAGCUGAGCGAGGGGGAGCUUUCUCCAGGGCAGGAGACCUUUAACUCAAAGAGUCUGGCCCUCCAAGCCCAAAAGAAGAUCUUGAGCAAGAUGGCUACCAUGGCUGUGGCCAACCUCCUAACAGAUGACACCAGUAGUGAGAUCCUAGACGAGCUGUACAGGGCCAGCCGCGAAUACACCAAAAGCAAGAAGGAGGCGCACAAGAUAGUCAAAGACGUCAUCAAGAUCGCCUUGAAAAUCGGCAUCCUCUACCGCAACCAGCAGUUUAGCCCAGAAGAGCUGGAAACAGUGGAGCGCUUCAAGAAGAAAAUGAACCAGACGGCCAUGACAGCAGUCAGUUUCUACGAGGUGGACUACACCUUCGAAAGGAACAUUCUCUCUGAGUUACUCCUGGAGUGUCGAGAUCUGCUGCACGAGGUGGUGGAGCAGCACUUGACAACUCGCUCGCACGGGCGCAUCGACCAUGUUUUCAACCACUUUGCUGACGUGGAUUUCCUUGCUGAACUCUACGGCUCUUCGGAGGAGUACAGACUCUACCUGCGGAAGAUCUGUGAUGGCAUAAACAAACUUCUUGAUGAGGGUGUGCUUUAACCACACGCUCUGCUUCCUCCUUUUUGCUCUGCCUGUUUUUCAAUCAAAUUGUUUUUGUUUAUACAAGGGAUAAGAAUUGUGUCUCUGUUUCCACUUCUAUUAUUAUUUCUUGUGCAACUUUCACUUUCCCUAUGCUUGUUACCGAUCAAUUCUUACUGUACGUUUCUAUGUAGACCAGGGUUCAAUAUGUAUUCCACAUCUGCAAGGAUAUCUUUGCCAUUCCAAAACUCACAAUACAACCCCUAAAAUGUACCAUACUAUUUUCUGAAUGCUUCAAACUUUUAUGAGAGAUGUGGUGGCUUCCAAGUUGUCUUCACAAAACAAACAUUUUGAUCAGCUCAAUACCAAUGACCAAGCAAUGCAUGCACAGUUAUGAAGGCCUCCUUUAGCAUGUUGAAGUUACAGACAAAGAGUGUCUGCAUUGGUAGGUUCAAAAAUGGUUUGACAGGCCCAUCACUGACUAAUAUUACACAGCUGAAAUUAACUUCUGUUGCCAGAUUCUUGGUCAUGAAGCCUUAAAACACACCCCUUAAAUAGGGCAGAACUGUACAAAAAUGAACAGCAUUAUUGUAUCAGUAACAAUUCGUUGGUGGCCUCCUAAAUCCUUCUUUCCUGAAACUCCACAGAUCAUGUUCAGACGCUGUAUGAUGGCUUUGUAACUUCAGCUUCUAUAGUUUUAUGUGUGUGCCAAGACAAGAUUGCUGUCUACGAAGACUAGCUUCCUGUUCAUUAUCAGGUGUGUGUGUAUGUGUGUGACGAUUUUAGAAACUUCCUUAUUGCUGGGGUGUAACACCUUACCUUCAAUUAAAGACUUGUUUAAAAUCUG